AUGACUGUGGAGCGAUCUAAUAAUACUACCAACACUGGAGAUUUUGUUGCCCCAGAACCUGAUGUCAUCAUUGUAGGGGCCGGUGUUUUGGGCUCCUCAUUGUCAGCGGUUCUUGGGCGAGAUGGACGCAAGGUUACAGUGAUCGAGAGGAAUCUUAGAGAGCCGGACAGAAUAGUGGGUGAAUUGCUACAGCCAGGUGGAUACUGUGCUCUCAAAAAAUUAGGCUUGAAAAAAUCAGUAGAAGAGAAGGAUGCACACAUUGUGAAUGGUUAUAUCAUCCAUGAUGUUGAAAGUAAGAUGGUUGUGGAGAUACCUUACUCACAAGAUCAGACUCAAUGUGGCCGAGCUUUCCACCAUGGUCGCUUUAUCACGGGUCUGCGUAGAGCUGCACUGGCGGAGCCAAAUGUGAGGUUCAUUGAAGGCACAGUAACAUACCUUGAAGAAGAAAAUGGCUGUGUCACAGGCAUCCAGUACAAGGACAAACAUUCUGGAAAAAUAAAGAGGUUACGUGCCCCUCUAACAGUGGUGGCAGACGGAUGUUUUUCAGAAUUCAGAAAGCGUUUGGGCUCGGAAAGGGUUCAAACCUGUUCCAACUUUGUAGGCUGCAUAAUGAAGAACUCUCCUCAGUUCAAGCCCAACUAUGCUGAACUAGUUCUGAGCUGCCAUGGACCGGUUCUGAUCUACCAGAUCUCCUCCAAUGACACACGUGUUCUGGUGGAGAUACAGGGACGUCUCCCCAAAAACCUGAGCCAAUGCAUGAUUGAGAAGAUCCAUCCGCAACUGCCAGAUCACUUAAAGGGGCCGUUUUUGUUGGCCGUACAAAAUAACCGUCUGAAAUCCAUGCCAGCGAGUUUUCUGCCAUCAUCACCUGUCAAUAAACCAGGAGUCUUGCUUCUUGGAGAUGCUUAUAACAUGAGGCAUCCUUUAACUGGCGGAGGGAUGAGUGUAGCACUCAAUGAUGUCAUGAUUUGGAGAAGUCUGCUUCAGAACGUUCCGGAUCUCAGUGACAACGCGGCCUUGUUGCAGGCUAAAAAGAAAUUCCACUGGGAGCGGAAGGUGUCUCAUUCAUUUGUGGUGGAUGUUCUAGCACAGGCACUGCAUGAGUUAUUUGCAUCAAAAGAUGAUUCAAUAUUAUAUCUUCGAAGAGCCUUCUUGUGUUAUUUUCAGCUGGGAGGGGAGUGUGUCUCUGGGCCAGUUGGACUGCUGUCUGUGCUGAACCCCCGCCCCUUGACACUGAUUGGUCACUUCUUUGGUGUUGUAUUGUACGCGGUCUACUUAAACAUCAGGGCAGAGGUAAGACAGGACAGAGCAGGAGUGCUGCUGAGGAGCAUGGGAAUUCUUUAUCGUGCAUGUGCCAUCAUAUUCCCUCAUAUCUUUUCUGAAUUUAAAUACAUCUUUUAUAGAUUUUUUAGGCCUUUGCAAUGAGUGUUAACUGAUUGAUAUUUUGUAUCAUAUCAUCAGACAAAAUAAUAGUUAUUAUAAAGUCCCAGUUAAAAAACCCUUCACUAAAAUUG